CCAUUCUACUGGGUCACGUCCACCCUCACACAGUAGAUCGUUGGCAACGAUCGAUCUAGCGACGGCGGGCACGGUCCUCGAUUGCUUCGCAACAGUUCUACCGCUAGGAUGGACGAACACCAAAAGUUUCUUGCAGAUCGCUUGCUCAGCGAGCAGCGUUCGAUCACAUACCGCCUACUGAGCAGGGCCCUCGACGUUCAUGUGAACACUGCAAAAGGCAUGCUCUAUGACUUCUAUCAGUACCAAAACGCCCAGCGACCAGACUCGGUCCAUGCAACCUAUCUUAUUUUUGGUGUCAAACACUCAAAACCUCGGCAAGGCGACAAUGAUGUUGGGUUGACCAGUUCUAUGCCCGAGCCUGACCCGUUCUCUGAUGACAUACCAACUUCGACUCUCACACUUGUCAGCGAGGGGAACCUUCGAGAUGCCCUGUCCACAUAUCAAGAGGUGACGGCAAUUCACAUAUAUAGUCUUGCCCCUCACUCAAUAUCUGACCGCAGUUCACUCACCGACGCUGUCAAGUCUAUAUCAGAAUAUCCUCAGGAGAAAGACCCUGCCACUGCGGCACAGAAGUUCGGGAUAGUUCUGAAUCCAAACCUUCGCAAGCGCACUCGAGAUGGACGCCCAGAGACCUUGGCUCCCGCAGCGCAGAAGCCAAUUAAGGCCGAGUCCGUGCAGAAGCUGGCGCCGACAAACCCAUCCCCGCCAAAGGCAACGCAAGACCCGCCUUCCAAAUUAAAAAAGGAGCCCUCCGACGCUGCGCCCAAGAACCCUACACCAUCGUCGAGCUCCAGCAAGAAAUCCGUGUCCACGUCCAAGCGCGGAGGGCCGGGGGGUAUCAUGCAGUCCUUUGCUAAAGCGGCUUCAAGACCGCCCAGCAAGCCAAAGACGGCCCCUGAAAAGGAUGACGACUCUGCUAUGGCUCUGUCUGACGAUGGAGAGGCUGACGAUGCUGAUAUUAUCGCCUCGAAGGAGACAUCCACAGAUGCAGCAGCUGUUAGAAGGACAAGAAAGGAACGGGAGGAGGAACUGAAGCGUAUGAUGGAAGAGGACGAGGAGGAGGACGAAGACGAGGAAAAGGAUGGGAGCAAUGAACAGAGUGACGAAGAGAUGCAGGACGCUGUGGACCCUGACACGCAGACUGUUGCUGAGCCGCCGGCCCAAGAUAAGCCCGAGGACAAAGAGCCAGCCGAGGUUGUAUCAAGCACAGGAGAUGGGCGACGCCGGGGCAAACGUCGCAUAAUGAAGAAGAAGCGCAUACUGGACGAUCAAGGAUAUAUGGUAACAAUUCAAGAACCGGGCUGGGAAUCCUUCUCGGAGGAUGAAGUGGCUCAGCCACCAGCCAAGAAGGCUGCCCCUACACCCACUCCGUCAUCAUCGAACCCAAAGGCGAAGAAACCUACUGGCAAAAGCGGACAGGGCAACAUCAUGUCGUUUUUCUCCAAAAAGUAGGCAAACAUUCCAGUGUGGCCAGCACGCAUGCCUGAUCCUUGCGCGGGGGAGUACGAGAUGACGAGCAGCCCACGCAACCCGUCGUAGUAUCAUUUAAAGGAGUCUGGUUCGGGCGCCUGCGCGCUACUCGACCGCGCUCGGUACAGUUCCACGUUGUCCUGCAUUCGCCCGAGGAGUCUGGCCAGCCUUUGAACGCCUUCAACGAGGCUCUCUUCGGGCUCCCAUGCGAAGCAUAGCCGUAUAUACUUAUCAAAUCUUGCACCACCC